AAAAACAUGCAGUAACAAAGGAGAAAUUUUCACAGAAUGCGGAUCUGCUUGUGCAAAACAUGUCGUGAUAUAUCACGUGGUUUAAAAUGCAGUGAAAGAUGCAUUCCUGGAUGCCAGUGUCCAAAAGGAUCUUACUUGGACGAGAAGAAUCAUUGCGUUCCUAUGAAGGAAUGCCCAUGUUUCUUUGAAGGAAAUUAUUACAAGGCGGGUGAAAGUGUGAAAGUUGGACGUUGUAAAACCUGUACGUGUAAUAUGGGAGCUAUGGCGUGUGUGGAAGACCGGAAUUGCUCCUCCAAAAGUCCUUGUGAAUCGUUCCCAUGCAAAAAUGAUGGUGGUUGUCUCGAGGAAGGAGAUACAUUCUCUUGUAUUUGUAUCAAUGGAUAUCAUGGCAAAACUUGUGAAGAGUUACCACCAACACCAUGCGACUCUCGUCCUUGUAAAAACAACGGUAUCUGUUCAAUUAAUGGAGAUACAUUUUCGUGUGAAUGUGCUGUUGGUUUUGAAGGCAACACUUGUGAAGUUACGAAUGCAUGUGCAAAAGGACCUUGUAAAAAUGAAGGUGUUUGUACAAUUGUUGGAUCUUCUUAUAAAUGUGAAUGUAAAUUUGGUUUUACUGGAAAGAAUUGCGAACUCAACGUUAAGCCAGUCUGCGUAAAAGCAAAUUGGUGGGUAUCUUUCAACAAACAAGGAUGGUCAACUUGUGACACCACAAACCAGUUUAUCACUGGCUUUUAUCGCAGCGCAUUGAGUGCCAACUAUGAUGGACUUUACCGUCUUGAAGAAGCCAAAUGCUGCAAAUCUAGUCCAAUAUAUAUUGGACAGAAAAGUAUUUGCCAAAAUGCUGACUGGUGGGACUCUUUAAACAAAAAAGGAUGGAGUGUUUGUUCAAAUGGAUAUUUUCUAAAUGGUCUCUAUCGCACAAACGGACACCACUUACAUAACCUCGAAGAGGGAAAAUGUUGCAAACCAGUCAAUCAUCCCGACAAGUAUAAUGAUUGUUACCAUGAAAAUAUCAAGAAUGAUUUCAACAAAAAAGGAUGGACAGUGUGUAAAAAAGAUGGCUACUACGUCACUGGGUUAAGACGAGAUUCUGGGGAUUGGCUAAAGGAUAUUGACAGUUUUAAAUGCUGUAAAAUGUGGAGUGGUUGAAGCUCCAUGCCAACCACGUGAUAAAUAAGCAAGUAAUGAUUUUAUAAAAAAAAGUUGUUGUUGUAGUUAGAAACCGUUAUUUCAGUUAUUUUGUAAACUCAUUUUUCAAAUAAAACUUUGAUACAAAAGGAA